AGCAUACCCUGUGACUUCUCACUACCUGGAAUGGGCAUGAGCAGCACCUACACCACCCUAAUGCCACUAAAGCCACUGCCCCUAUCUCUACCGUGUCAGACAAGUUCCACCAUCCCCGCCAUCACCACCACCCCCUGUGGCUCUCUGUCAAUGUCAGUGAUAGCUUUACCCUGAUGGGAGAUGACAGGGGGAUCCCCUCCAUGAACAACCUGUACAGACCUUACAAACACAUGACUGGAAUGGGGCAGAGCUUGUCCCCCUUGACAGCUAACCCUCUAGACAAUGGCUUGGGCUCCAUCCAAAACAGCCAACAAAGUCUGCACAACUAUGGACAACUUGGGCACAACAGGAUAGCAAGAGGCAAUCAGCACCUCCCCAGGGAGCUGGCUACCCCACCAUCUGCCAUGAUGUCUCAUCUCAAUGGGAUGGGCUCAAUCUCAUGGGCUCAUGUUGACCUCCAGCCGUCACAGGCCACCCUCAUCUUCCAGGUCCCAGCUGAGCAACUCUGGGCAGUUGGAUGAGAUCAAGUGGU